UAUUUUGUGGGAGACUUUCACCUCAGCAGUUCACCAUACUUUCUGUCUGAAACCAUGAGUGACAGGAAGCAAAGGCGACUGCAGAAAGUUGGACAAAAAGGGGGCAAGAGAGACGAUGGAAGUGAUCUGAACCAAAUAAAACAGGUUCAUGCAGGACACGUCUGUGACCCCCUGACAUCAGACAUGUCCAAGCCUGUUUCACAUGAACACUCUCCGCCAAAAACUGACCGGCUGACGAGGAAACACAGAAGCUACACCGUGCAUGCAGGUAGUGGCAAAGUGGUUUCAACCAACUUUCCCCCAUUACCAGUUAUAACAGUUUCCCCGCAGCAGGCUGGGAUCUGGAGCAGACACUGCUUAGCCUCCCGCUUCAAGCUGAACUUGCAGCGUUCACAGCAGCGAAAACAUGUCUUUGAGGAAUUGAAACUGCCAGUGAUACCUGCAGUUGUCAAACAAAACUGUGGUAACAAGGAGGGCAGUCAGAUGAAACUGCCCAGUCAUCUGCCCCAAAUUCACGUACGCAAACCUGAAAUGUCUGUCCCGAAGCCCACCACAGUGCAGCACAGCCUCUGCAAACUGCCCGUGAUAGAGAACACUCCAGUCAAGCGCUUAAAGCCAAAGACUGUGAAUCUGCACAGACCGAUUUGUGUUCUGCCAUCAAUUUCUGGAGGGACCGAGGAACUUGAUAGAAGCUUCAAGCUGCCCGUAGUUGGAAACAUGCAGAAGGCUGAGAGUCCCAGAAAGAACAAAGCAAAGAAGUAGGAGAAAACUUCUCCCAUCAAUUUUGUUGAUUAAAAA